GGCAUCGGAACCUGAGCGGCUCAGUUAUACGGGCGGUUGACCUACACUCUAUAAACGGACGACCAGACUCGAGCGUACUUCCCGCACUUCUCAGCGCCUCUCUAUAGCUACCGCCGACCAACGCUAGGCAGCUAGCUGCAUAUCAACGACCUUCCCGAACGAGGACCACCCUUGACCUAGCUCUCAUUAGGCCCUGGGCCCAAGACAUUGAGCAGACCGUUUCGCAGCUCAGGGCCAACACCGCCCCGCAGAUCUCGCUCGCUAUGAUUGAGGUGCUCUACAGCGGCCAGGCCUCCCUGGAGGGGCCUCGGUCGGCAUUCGACAGGGAAGAGCACAUGAACAAGGAGCUCAACCUUGCGCGGUGGGGCAAGCGUCCCCCUCGCAGGUCACAGACUCAGCAUGAGUACUUCCUUCCCGCACCGCCGGCGUUCACCGUCUCCACGAUCCGCCAGCAGGCCCACGUCAUCGAGAGGAGCCCUCAGAGGCAGCCGCCCUCGACGAAGGAGCCGAGCGAGCAGGAGGCGGACCGGUCGCGGGCGACGGUGCGCCGGCCACCCCUCGGACCUCCACGACGGUCAUACUCCACAACCGACCAGCAGCCGAUCCUACGCCGGCACCAGCCGGCAUCUAGGCUGGCGUUGAUGGACCUGCCCGCGGAGCUUCACUUCGCCAUCUUCGACUUCCUCGAUCCCAUCGACAGCACCUGCCUCGGCUUGACCAACAAGCACUUCUACGCCAUCCACCGACGUCUCCACGGUACCGUGCCCCUCACGACGCGCCGCAAAGGACCGAACGACCUCGAGUGGGCGUGGCAUCUGGCGGGCAAUAUUGUGCGGAAAAACCCGGCGGUUGUCGAUAGCAAGGACGCCGCCGCUGCGCCGCUCCGGGGGCUCGGGGAGAAGGAGAAGAGCGCGCUGUCGACGCUGCGGGUCCGGGGCCAGGGGUACUGCAGGAUGUGCGGCGUCACCCGGUGCCAGCUGCACAAGCACAUCCAGGAGUGGAUGGGCGAGGGCUGGGAGUACUGCUUCGUCAAGGAGAAGUUUGGGCCCAUCGCGCCCGAGGGCGCCAAGUCUUACUGCUAUAUGAGCCGGCCGGGCGACAAGCACAGGUGUGGAAGGCAUUUCGUCAGGAAGAACAAGGUCGAGCUGCGUUGAAUGGGACCCCUAAGUCAGGUAUCUAAGUUAAAGCGUCUCUGUUUUCCGUGCUCGGCGGUAGUUGAUGGGUCUGGGCUCCUGGAUUGGUUCAGAGCGGAAUGUAAUGCUAGCGCUGCGUUCUCCA